UUGUGUUUAGCUGUUUUGACGGAGUUGUACCUUGUCGAUCAUUCCUAGAUUUUUUCGAUUUAGUUUCAGCAAUAUUAGAAGCCGCACUGAGCGCACUGACACACAGAUCUAAAAACAUCCACAGGCAGCGGUCGAAGAAUACGUCAAGCGCACUGGCACAGAGAUCUAAAAACCGUACCACAGACAGCGGCCCAAGAAUGCUGCAAGGGCGCCUGCUAGUUCUGUGUUUUCUGCUUCGUGUGGCCUCAUGCUCUGGUCAGCCCAAUGCCACCAAGCUGUACCUACUUGGGCUGUUUCCCUGGACGGGUGCGUGGGACGGGGCUGAGGCCACGGUACCGGCAACUAUGCUGGCCGUACAGGAUAUAAACGCCGAUCCUAAGCUGCUACCGGAUUACGAAUUGGUCGUCAUUACUCGGGAUACGGAGUGCGAUGGAGGAACAGCAACUGACGAAAUGUACAAGGAAUUGUACAACACCAGCACCACCAAAAUUAUGAUUUUAGGUCCCGCGUGCUCCAUUGCUACAGAGCCGACUGCGCAGGCGUCGCACCACUGGAACCUGGUUCAGAUAUCAUAUUCGGCGACUUCUCCCAAACUAUCCACUCGGUCGCUUUUCCCGCGCUUUUUCCGCCUCCUGCCGCCGGACUCGAUGUUGAACGUGGUCAAGAUAGCCAUGUUCAAGGAGUUCCACUGGACCAAAGUGGCGACAAUUCAAGAAUCCGCUCCUCUCUUUUCCCUGACCACUGCUGACUUCCACAUUGAAGCAAAACAGGCAGGAAUUGAAGUGAUAGCGGCAGAGACCUUCAUAGAUAACCCCACGACUCAAAUUGAGAACAUCCAGAAAUCGGGAGCUCGAAUCAUAGUUGCUGGUUUCUAUGGCAACAUGGCGCGGAGGGUUUUCUGUGCAGCCUACCACCAGAAGAUGUAUGGCGCCAAGUACGUCUGGAUUGUGCCAGGCUGGCUGGAAUGGCAUUGGUGGCGGAAAACAGACGCCUCUAUCGACUGCUCAGUUGAACAAAUGGACGAAGCCGUGGCCUACCACUUUGCUGUGAAUAUUGAUAAUCUACCGUCCGAUGCCAACCGAGCUCCGUCGCUAUCAGGAAUGACUAGCCGCAAAUUCCUAGAGAGGUUUGCAGCAGUCGUUGACACGGAUGAUCCUUCGUCACUGACAGGCUUCAUGGAGAAGUCCUUCGCUUAUGACACGGUCUGGACGGUGGCCCUAGCUCUACAUGAAGCUGAAAGACAACUAAGCCAGCUAGAUCCUCCGAGAACAGUGGCAGAUUUCGCCUACGACAGCAUCACUUGUCAGAUUCUCUUUGAUGUCAUCAGUAGCCUUUCUUUCGAGGGAAUCUCUGGUCCUAUCAAGUUCAAUUCAAACGGUGACCGAUUGGGACUUAUUUUGCUCAGACAGCUGCAAGAUGGCAGCGAUGUCAAAGUUGGGACAUUAGACCCAACCACAGGAACCGGUAGAGACAUCACGUGGCUUGGAUACGAACCAAUCAGCUGGCUAGGUGGGGCGCCACCAAUUGACUUCAUUAUUGAAAGAGAGGAUCGGCAGACAAUACAACUUUCACUUUUCCUCACCGGCGCCAUCUUGGCUACAGUUGGGAUCGCUCUGGCUUGCUGCUUCCUGGCUUUCAACAUCCACUUCAAGAAACUUCGCGUGAUCAAGAUGUCGAGCCCCAACAUCAACAACUUGAUGCUGAUUGGUGGAAUGCUAGCCUACGUUGCCAUCAUCUUCCUGGGUGUGGAUACCAACAUUGCAUCCACAGACACCUUUGUGUGGAUGUGUAGGGCCAAGACCUGGUGUCUGUCCAUCGGGUUCUCCCUUGCCUUCGGCUCCAUGUUCAGCAAGACCUGGCGAGUCCACAAGAUAUUCACCAACAAAACUGCUGCGAAAAUGGUUUUGAAAGAUAGUCGACUCUUCUGCUUCGUUACCACCUUGGUUCUACUCGACGUGUUGAUUCUGGUCUUGUGGGAAACACUGGACCCUCUUGUGGCGACAGAGCGUUUUGGAACGAAAGUGAUUGACGACGAAAACGACGACAUCGUUUACACACCUAUCCGUAUGAUGUGUGAGUCUAGAAACCAGACCUACUGGAUUGGUGCCUUCUACGUCAUUGAUGGCCUGCUGUUGAUAUUUGGAGCUUUUCUGGCCUGGGAGACCAGGAAAGUCUCCAUCCCGGCGCUGAAUGACUCCAAGUACAUAGGCGUCUGUGUCUACAACGUCUUGAUCCUGUCCUUCGUUGGCGCUCCGGUGUCGUUUAUUCUGGAGGAGCGAAACGCCCACUACGCCCUGGUAGCUACCCUGAUCUGGCUGGCUACUACCCUGACACUUUGUGUUGUCUUUGUACCAAAAAUACGAACCAGAAAUGAUGUCCAGCCGGCUCAGAAUACACUGGUCUCGCAGGUGACCCAAAGUCACCAGGGCGUGACCUCCGUGGAUGCGCAGAAGGAACUCCAACUGCUGCGCCAGGAGAUUGGCCGCCUGAGAAAGAACCUCCAUGAUUUGGGUCAGGACGAUAAGGAGUAGGGGAUUCCUGAAAGGCCGUUCACGUGUUUACAACAAAAUCAACGAUAUGCAAGACCACGUGAUCGAGCAGAAAGAGACUAAUGAGUAAUGAACAUCAACAUGUUUGCCUCGUGUCCAUGCUUGGCCGGAACUUAAACGCAAAAUACAUUAGUUUGUUGCAGGUGAAAACGUAAUUAAUUGACUUCAUCUUAAAACAAAACAUAAGUGUAGAGGAAUCAGUAUUUGCAACAAUAGAAUGAUACUCAUAUAGUUUAUCAGUUUUAGUCUCAUUCUGUUAUAUUUCACAUGCAUUUUUCAUUGUGCAUCAACAUUGUUGUCUGAACAUUGUAAAGUUAAUUCGUGUAUAAAACAAUUAACAUAUAGAAUCUUAUAACAGUGAACAUAUUUUGCCUUGCUUCAACAAAUAUCGUAAGCUUGAUGUUAUUCUCAUCUUUUUAAAAAAAAUUGGGUAGUUUGUACAUUUCGUGAUCAGAGGAAUUAUUUUUUUUUAUUUCACAGAAGUAAGGGCUUUGCAGAAGUAGUGAGUGAAAAAAAAUAUGCAAAAUAUACAAAGCUUGUAUCACCUUAAAUGGCACAUUUACAAAUCCCGAGCCUCCGUGUUCAAUGUACAUUGUAAUUUUAUCAUAAUUAUGUUCACACUUGAUCGUCAUUUUCAAUAUUAAUUACCUUUAACCAAUUCGGGCGAUUCACAGUGCGCCACCAAGAGUUUGCCAUGAAGAUUCCAU